UGCCUCUAAGCAACUCACCCUUCCAAGUUCAUUUGCUCAAAGCAUUUAUACGUGGCCGGCAAUGGCGGGGGUAACUAAGAUACCCGCAAUGCUUUGGGUGCUUGGUGUGGUGUUUACAUUUGGAGCUGCUGCAGUUGGCCUGGCUGAGGCCGAUAACACCUACGAUUUCUUCAUCAAGGAGGCUAAGUACAAAAGGCUUUGCCGGGACAAAACCAUCCUCACCGUCAAUGGCCAGUUCCCCGGCCCAACAAUCACCGCGCGAAAGGGAGAGGUCGUCAUCGUCAAAGUUCACAACCAAGGCAAUAAAAACAUCACCAUACACUGGCACGGCGUGGACCAGCCACGGAACCCGUGGUACGACGGACCGGAGUUCAUAACGCAAUGCCCCAUCCAGCCUGGCACCAGUUUCACCUACCGGAUCGUCUUGUCCGAUGAGGAGGGCACUAUCUGGUGGCACGCACACAGCGAUUUUGAUCGCGCCACCGUCCAUGGCGCCUUCGUCAUCCACCCUAAGCGCGGCUCGAACUAUCCCUUCAAGGCGCCGGAAAGGGAGAUACCCAUCAUCCUCGGUGAAUGGUGGAAGGAAGACGUGACCCAUAUGCUUGAGCAGUCCAAGCGGACCGGCGGCGAGGUUGAUCUUUCGGAUGCAAACACUAUCAAUGGCCAGCCGGGAGACCUGUUCCCGUGCUCCAAGGACGCCACUUUCAAGCUUCCCGUGCGGACUGGCAAGACGUACUUGCUCCGAAUCAUCAACGCUGGACUCACAAAUGAUCUCUUCUUCGGCAUCGCCGGGCACCCUAUCACCAUUAUCGGUACCGAUGGUCGCUACCUAAAGCCGUUCACUGUCAAGCAUAUCAUGAUCUCACCUGGACAAACCAUGGACGCACUACUUGACACUGACCGUGCUAUCAUGGGUUCAUCCAAUGGGCGUUACUACAUGGCUGCACGGACGUUCGCGUCCAACCCUGACCUUGACUUUAACAACAGCACCGCCACGGCCAUUCUGGAAUAUAUGGACGCGCCGCGUGCUAGGCGCGUGGGGCUGCCGGACUUUCCCAACCUUCCGGCCAACCUUGAUAUGGAUGCGGCAACGGAGUACACGGCCCAGCUCCGAUCAUUGGCAAGCAAGGACCAUCCGGUGGAUGUGCCGAUGCACGUCGAUGAGGAAAUGUUCAUCACCAUUGCUGUCAAUGUAUUCCCCUGUGCACACAAUAAGACAUGUGAAGGGCCUCGUGGCAACAGUUUGGCGGCAAGCCUCAACAACGUCAGCUUCCAAAAUCCUUCCAUCGACAUCCUUGAUGCCUAUUAUAGUGCAGUCGACGGCGUGUAUGAGGCAAACUUCCCCAACCAGCCGCCUUUCUUCUUCAACUUCACAGACACCACUGUCCCCGUAGAGUUUGAGUUCACGAAGGCCGGCACCAAGGUGAAGGUGUUGGAGUAUGGCUCUGUUGUGGAGGUGGUGUUCCAGGACACAGCCCUCAACGGGGCUGAGACCCACCCCAUGCACUUGCAUGGGUACGCCUUCUACACGGUAGGAAAAGGGUUCGGAAUCUUCAACAAGAGCACGGACCCGGCCAAGUACAACUUGGUAGAUCCACCAUACCAGAACACAGUCACCGUGCCAAAAGCUGGCUGGACAGCAAUUCGUUGGCGCGCAACAAACCCCGGUGUGUGGUUCAUGCAUUGCCACUUUGAUCGUCACACGGUCUGGGGAAUGAACACCGUGUUCAUCGUGAAGGAUGGCAACACUCCUCGGAGCAAAAUGAUGAGUCGUCCUGCGAGCAUGCCUAAGUGCUAACCACCAUGAUGACCCCAUCGAGCUGCAUCACUAUGCAGCACAAUCAACAGACGACAUUGACGUUGAUCGAUUUAUCUGCCUAAAUUAUUCCAUUGUUUCACGCAUAUCCGUGUAAUAAAUCCUAGUAGCUACUAGUAAGUAGUGAUUACCAUUUUCCCCAUUCGUCUCGAAGAGAAAGAAUCUCUUUUCAUUAGUGUGAUGCAACGUCUCUCACCUGUUUUGUCACUCAAAUCUAUAAAUUAAUGCAAGCAAGUGAUGUUUUUAUUA